AUGGAGGAUGAUGAUGCUGAGCAUAACUAUGACUAUGAGGAGGAUGAGUAUGAUGAGGAGGAUAACAAUGAGGAUGAAGGUGACCAGGAUGAGGUGAAGGAAUGUACAGAGGAGGAUGAAGCCAGAGCAGGUCCCUCUGGUCCACCCACUUGGCUCAAUCAGUGCCCUGAGUGUGGGCAGAGGUUCCCACGUGGCUCAGAGAUAGUUAAGCACCACUGCCCCCACCCUGGCACUCGGCCCUUUGUCUUUGGGGACUGUGGGAAGAGAUUCAGGAAAAGCUCCUACCUCAUCCAGCACUUCCGCACCCACACUGGAGAAAAGCCUUUCACUUGUGCUGCUUGUGGCCAGAGCUUCAUGCAGCGCAGUAGUCUCAGGUGGCAUUGCCUCACUCACACUGGAGAGAAGCCCUUCAGCUGUGACAGCUGUGGCAAGAGGUUCAGCCAGAGCUAUGGUCUAAGCCUGCACCACCUCACCCACACCAGUGAAAAGUUAUUUAACUGUAGGGACUGUGGUAAGAGCUUCAAACACCGCUCCUACCUCACCAUCCACCGCCGCAUCCACACUGGAGAGAAUCUGUUCCCCUGUGCUGAGUGCGGCAAGAGCUUCACCACGAGCACCAUAUACAUCCAGCAUCAACUCAUCCACAGUGGUGACAAACCCUACAGCUGA